CCGACGACAAAGGGCGCUCGUUCGACAAUGACUGUCCUGCGACUCGCCGUGUCUGUCGUGGGCAUCUAUGUCUCUUUUCUCAGCUGGGCGCUUGUGCAAGAGCGACUGUCGACAACGCCGUACAACGACCCUGCCGGAGGGAAACCUCGCUACUUCCGCUCGGUCAUCUUUCUGAAUACCGUGCAGAGCACACUGAGCGCGUUGAGUGCGCUUCUCUACCUACUCUGGCGACGCAACGCCUCGACACGUAGCUUUUCUGAGCUCGUCGGCUUGUCGACCAGUACUCCUCAGGAAAAUGGGCACGCACAAAGUGCAAAGAAGACCGAUGACAAGCGUAUACAGCAUCUCGUGUUGCGCUAUCUGCAAUGCUCGAUACUCAAUUCGCUCGCGUCGCCUUUUGGAUUUGCCUCCCUGCGACAUAUUUCCUAUCCGACGAUGAUCUUGGGCAAAUCAUGCAAGCUCGUACCCGUCAUGCUCAUGAACAUCGUCUUAUACCGCAGAAAAUUCGCUGUUCACAAAUACCUUGUCGUCGGAAUGGUCACGUUGGGCAUCAGCCUCUUCAUGCUCUGCCAACCUGUCGACGCGCACAAGAAAUCUAAAGGCGCUGCUCAGUCGAGCUUGUUCGGCUUAUGUCUGCUCCUCAUCAAUCUGCUCAUCGACGGUGCCACCAACUCGACGCAAGAUGAGAUAUUCAGCAAGUAUAAGAUCAACGGAACUCAGAUGAUGUUCUGUAUGAAUGUUCUCUCGACUCUGCUGACCAGCUUUAUCCUCGUCGUCCCUCUGCCCGCCAUCCCAGUCCUGAACCCUCAAGGAGGUGGAGCGACUGAGGGUGCCGCGGCACUUGCAUUCAUACGAUCUCACCCUGGCGUCUUGACGGAUAUCUUGCUCUUUUCGCUCGCCGGUGCGAUCGGUCAAAUUUUCAUCUUCGACACGCUCGAACACUUUGGCUCGCUCACGCUUGUGACCAUUACAGUCACGCGCAAGCUCUUUACAAUGCUUCUGAGCGUAUUCGUGUUCAAGCACAAACUCGCCUUCGGACAAUGGGUCGGCGUGGGCGUCGUCUUUGCUGGCAUCGCUGUCGAAGCUCAGGUGAAGCGGAAUGCUUCGCGAGCCAAGAAGAUCGUUCAAGAGCAGGAGAAAGCAAAGCUAAAGGAGAUAUAGAGGUGCUCUUGCAGACUGUUGUUGUGCUACUAUGCAUUGCUCCGCUGAGAAUCCGUGGAUGCCCAA